GUCUCCCGACUCGGUACAUGGUGUUCUGGCCAUCUGGCCGAUAAGCGAUAACUCGUUCGUUCGGGUAUGACUGGCUCGUUAAGAUUUUGAAGCUUUCUGCUGGUUGGCCAGACUCUGAAUUACAGCCCCUGGUGAAUGGCGACUGGUGUUGACUUCCCGAAUCAUUUUGAUACCUGGGGCGGCUUGGGGCAGACGAUGUCGUCAAAAGUGAUCAAACUGAUCCAUUCCACAACCUCAGGGGUAGCCCUAAUAGACCUGUAUUCUCAACAUCGCCUUGAUGAUUCCCAUUCUGUUUGUGCAGUUCGGGGAGACGCAGCUUCAACGCUUCCGUCCUUGGUCUUGGUAUACAGUCAACGAUUGAUGACGACAACCUGGCUGGCCAUUUCACCUUUCAAGACAUCCGACGCUCGCUCAAAGUUCAAACAGCAGGAAGGCUACGAAUCAGAAUCAGGCCGUCGAUUGGAUGAGCGCGUCGCUUGUGACGGGGAAAAAGAAAUAAAGAUUAUUGCUUGCCCAGGUUCGUUUGUCGCCUUGUCGGUGACACGGCGAGACCGUCAGUCCGUUAGUCGGGAGAUUCUAGGACCGCUGUUCGUAUUGUCCCGCUGUCCGCGUCAAAGCGUCUGCGAUCCGAUCCUGGAUUCCUGGUGGGGGUCGGGUUCUGAUGCGUGAGCUAUGACUGUGUAAUUGAAACUGUAAAGAGCUGAUGCAAAUAGAAAUGCAAUCAUCCGUUCUGCCUUUGAGUGGAGGGCUUGAAGUGACGUAUCUCCAAAUGCAACAUACCGGACGAGACGGAUUCCGCAAACUCCGUCAGUGUUUCCUCUCUCUUUCUCGCAGGAUCGGCCAGAAUCCAGAGUAAUCUCAGUGAUGCAUCUAGAUUCUAGCAUCGUGCAUUCGUCUUGACCGUUGGCAGUUCAGCUGUCAGCCCUUCAGGUCA